CAUGCAGACCAUCAGGCUGUGUGUGUGCAUUCUUAGCCGGGGACUAGUUUUCACUCCUCCAUUCGGGUUAAGGGUAAACAGCACCGCCCCGAUGGUUGUUUGUUUGAAGUGUGGAACGAUCUAUCGCACAGCGCCGGGCUCGAUUGACACUGUCUGCUGAUCUGCUACUGCGGAUUGCUCAGAAUAACAAGGCUGCUCGCUAAUUCCCGUCUAUCGGGGCUUUCGCCGAAGCACCGAGAGAGUGUUGGGUCCUCAAAAAAAGCCAACAAGGCAGGCAAGACCGCCGCGCCGCCGGAGUCCGCACCCCAGAAUGGCUUCUGGAGACCUUUACGAGGUGGAGCGGAUCGUGGACAAAAGGCGGAACAAGAAGGGUAAGUGGGAGUACCUGAUCAGGUGGAAAGGCUACGGGAGUAAGGAGGACACAUGGGAGCCGGAGCAUCACUUACUGCACUGCGAGGAGUUCAUCGACCAGUUCAACAGUUUGAGACUGCACUCACACAAGCGGCCCAAAGCUCCCAAAAACCGCGGCGAGUCCCACAUCACCAGCCACCCAUCUGCUCCGGAGAGCUCCAGAGCUCGGUCCGAGUCCCGCAAAAAGAAAAGGACUUGUGGCCCCUCUAUGGGGGUUGGAGUAGGAACUGUUUUAGGGAUUGGAAGUGGAGCGUCAGGACCCACUCAGAAGCAACGGAGGGUGGGUGCGGGACCUGGGAAACACAUUUUAGGAGACAGAAUGAGCAAACCCGUGACUUACAACGCUCCUCUGUCAGCGGGGUCUCAUUUUGUCCCUCCAGUCAGGGUUCCUCAUAACGGACUGCAGAAUGGAGACAUGGAGCCUCCCCUGUACAGAGCAGCGGCGAGGUCACAUCGACCACCCACAGACAAAGUGGAUGGAGAACAAGGAGACGUGGAUCCCACUGGACAGCAGCACGCCACUCAACUAGGCUGCCCUCUCGCCAAUGGAAAGAUGCACCUGCACAGCUCAGCGAAGCGGAAGAUGGCGGAGGAGAAGGGCUACGUGUUCGACAAGCGGCUCAGGUACAACGUGCGACAGAACGAGAACAACUGUCGCUUCCGAGACAUCGUGGUGAGGAAAGAGGAGGGGUUCACGCACGUCCUCCUGUCGAGCCAAACCACAGACAACAACGCUCUGACACCAGAGAUCAUGAAGGAAGUGUGUCGAGCGCUGGGCAAUGCUGCCGUGGACGACAGUAAGCUGUUGCUGCUCAGCUCAGUGGGAACGGUUUUCUGCAGCGGCCUGGAGCCGUCCUACCUGAUCGGGCGUCUGUCCACUGACCGCAGAAAAGAGAGCAGCCGCAUCGCCGACGCCGUGCGGGAUUUUGUGUUGGCGUUCAUUCACUUCAAGAAACCCAUCGUGGUGGCAAUAAAUGGGCCAGCUCUCGGCUUGGGGGCCUCCAUCUUGCCACUGUGUGACGUAGUGUGGGCCAGCGAGAGGGCCUGGUUCCAAACUCCGUGUGCAGCCAUCCAUCUCACCCCAUCCGGAUGCUCCUCAUACACCUUCCCUCAGAUCCUGGGUGUAGCCCUGGCCAACGAGAUGUUGUUCUGCAGCAGGAAGCUCACGGCACAAGAAGCUUGCAGUCGUGGUCUCGUGUCACAAGUCUUCUGGCCCACUACGUUUAACCAAGAGGUGAUGCUGCGCGUGAAGGAAAUGGCAUCAUGCAACGCAGUGAUUUUAGAAGAGUCCAAAUGCCUGGUGAGGAGUAUCGUCAUGUCUCUCCUGGAGGAGGUGAAUGAGAAGGAGUGUCAGAUGCUGAAGCAGUUGUUGAGUUCCACCAAAGGACUGGAGGCGCUCUUCAGUUAUCUGCACAGCAAGACAUAUGAGAAGUAACCGUCCACGCGAAGGGAACCAGGGACGGUCAGUCUGACGGAGGGAAACUCAGGACGCUAAGGUUGCAAACUAAAGGAAAAGUUGCAUUGUUGUUUCCAUUCAUCAGCAAAAGGGGGAAUACACUGAUGUUCUGUUUGCUUCUAUUGCUGCCGACAAAUUGUUUCCUUAUCACCAUCUUUUUAAAGCAAGCUUUCGAUUGGACAUACAACUGUCCAUGUCCAGAGGUUUGUCUUUUUUCUUUCUCAAGAGCAAAGGGCCAAAUGCACAUUGCAACGUUUCUGCACCUCUGUGACUCGCGUGACAUCGAUGUCUUUCAGAAAGCACAUGUUAAAGUAAUGUUAAUAUAUAUUAAUUUAUAUUUAUUUCACAUGUUUAAAGACAGCUGUUUAUAUAUUAUACAUGUUUCCAUCCUUCCUUUGUUUGAGUUACUCACUGUUUUUCAAUUGUAAACCAAAGUCUGCAUGAGAACCGUUUCCUCGCUCGUGAACGUGCACAUUCCAUCUGCUCUGUACGGACAGGAGAAAACUACCAGGACUGUGGCCGUGAAUCAUCAAAUUCAGACGUUGCUAAAAGACAAUUGAAGCUUGGUGUCGUGUUCUUGUUCACUUCCAUGUAGCUGAUGAAAGCCAACAGGAAUAGUUGUGCCCUUUGUCUUCAGGCCCCGGUAUAUUUCUGCACCAAAGUGCAAGGUCCCUGGCGCGGACCGUGGUAUAGUCACGCGUCAGGGUCCUGUAGUAUCUCACUUCAAGUCCGGACGCAGGGAAUAGGACUCAUUCCUACCAAAGAAGAAGAGAGCGAUGCUGUGGCCCUCUUUACACCUGGCAUUAGAAUGCAUUCCCUGUGGUCAGAUACCACUUCACCACAUGCAUUUACACCUGGUGUCCACAUCAAGAUCCGAUUUCCAGCGACAGACUACAGUGUCACAUCCUGUGUACCACUAUAUCAACAACAAUGUUAGUAAGAAAGUGGUCAGGCGCUAUCCGAUUGGAAUCCAAUCACAGAAAUCGCAUAUUCUAAACAAACCAUGAUCUGUUUCUGGAUAUAAAAGCUGAAGAUAGUAAGUCAACUAAAUCUAAAAAAAAAUGAUUUAUGAUCAAGUUCAAAUGCACUUACCCAUGCAGACGCUGGCAUUCUUCAUGCGCUCCUCCUCUCCAGAUAUGGUUGCUGGGGUAGGCAACCUAUUUUUUGGCGUUUGAUCCAAAAAAAAUUACAUAAUUUUCCUUUGAUGGAACGUAUGUUUUUUUGUUUUCUUUUCAAAUCAAGGAAAAAAAGUGGAAAAGGA